CUUCUUGCAGUUUCGCUUGCAGAGACUCAAAAUAAUUUAAGUGAAGCAGUCAGAUACUUCUCAAAGAAACUCUUCGUAUUUACUCGUCGAUAACUUGAAACGUUUCAUCAAAAAUGUCUGAUGAAAGCACAGCGACCUGCGUAGACAUCCUUUUGGCCAUCAUCUUGCCCCCCCUCGGCGUCUUCCUCAAAUUUGGCUGCCAGGUUGAGUUCUGGAUCUGUUUGAUUCUCACACUCUUCGGUUAUCUCCCUGGAAUUAUCUACGCUGUUUAUGCCAUCACCAAGUGAUCAUCUUCCAUUUUCUAUGGAGAGAUAAGAGGUGAAGGUUGAAGAUGUAGCGAGAUCUAUGGUUCUUGAUUGAGUACUUUGUGUCAGUGUUCUUGAUUUUUCUGUGUAUUUUGUCUCUAUUCAAUGAGAUGGGUUGAUUUUUAAUUAAAUUAUUUCGUUGUAAAGUUUGGUGGGGUUGGUUUUGUGAUUGAUUAAAGCUUAGUGGGUUGUCAAUGCCCCACCUUAUCAUGUUCUAGCUAAUUUGUUCUUUAUUAUAAGGAAUUUCGUCAAUCUUAGCUUGAUUUGUAUAAUUUAUAAAAUUAUGCAUACAAUGCAGAGUCAUUAGUAUCGUCUACCAUUUAUAGGAAGUGAGAUUCUCUUUUAAUAGAAUUUCUACCAUUGAAAUAUUA